UCGAUGCCUUCUUCAAACUAUUGAUGCAUUUUCAAACUCCUCGGUUCCAUUUGUUAUCAAGGCGACCAAGGUUAUUACUCCAUGGCUCAAUUGCCCUCAUCUCUCUCUUUGCACCUUUUCUCGAUUUCUUCCCUAAAAAGGUUCGGAAAGCUGGUGAUCCAGGUAAUCACAGUUUUGCAAUCUUCCCUACGGUGAUUAUCCUACUGUGGCUUCUACAUGAGAAUGAAGUUUUUGAUCUUGUGUAUGACAGGUCCGUCAACAGUAAUUUUUAGAAUUAAACUAGGUUUAGCAGUUGGAAAUCAACUUGGUUUGGUAAGAGAUGAUUCUAUAUUAUAUAUUUAAUUACUUAUCUUUUGUUUUUAAUGUAUAUUUGCUUACUUGACCUAGUUGCAUAAAUGUUUGAGUUUGCAGAUCUGUGUAUUUGAAUUCCAGUUCAAAAGAUACAAUCCUACACAUUGUCACAACAAUAAAACAAGAAAGUAUGUUUUGUGUUAGGUAUAUGUUUCUUUAUUUUAGUAAUGUUUAAAUUGUUUUCAGUUUACAAACAAGCUGAAAAUGGUGAGCCCAAGUGUUGUGUGUGUUUCCACUUUCUUGAUUCCCCUGUUGAAGCAAUUCAAUAUAUGGACCAUGGAGCUACUAGCUAUUUUGGAACAAUUGAAUUUUUAAACAUGUAGUGUUUGUUUUUUUAAUUAAUUAAUAUUUACUUUUGUAAGAUAUUUUGAACAAUGGAAUGAAAUGUGUCAAAGUUGGUAUUA